ACACACCUUUAUCUGUUAAAUCAAAUACAUAUAUUUAUUUUAAUAAAAAGUGCAUAUAUCAGUGUCAGAAUUAAAAAGAUGAUAAAGAAUAAUCUCAGUGUCAAGUACCUAACGACAAAAAAUCUUAUCUGCUGCCUUUCACGCUGGUGAUCUGCUGGUUGUAGUAUCAGUGCAAAAACAACCGCAUAUCUUGAGUGCUCAAUUUCCUUAUUCCUCUCAACUCUUGCCCUACUUGUGGCAAACAAUGCAGAAUUUACGCAUUCAAAUCAAUAACAAUAGCAACACAAACAAUGUUCAAGCCACAAACAAAAGACGAACGUUGCGAAAAUUGAUGAAUUUAACUCAUAAUCUUAAGCACAAUCGUGUUGCUGAAUACUCUGACGAGGACGAGGAAGGCGAAUUUAGUUCUGGUGAAUUCAACGAUGAGGCCACCGAUCUCGGCAUACCCGGCUACGAUCCUAAGCGUGAUUAUAAUCCCAGCAAACACGACAUGCGAAAAUAUCGUAAAUUACAACGCUCUGAGGUGGAAGACGUUGCACUAGGCGGCAACCCAGUGGAUAGUGACAGUGAAUUCGAGAUGAAGGAUAAGAGCUCGUCACGAGCGAAGAUCAGUCGGACGAUUUCAUUGCAACAACGCAAUUUUAAGCAGAAGAUAGUCGCGCUGCUCAAACGUUUCAAGGCUUCCGAAGAGUUGGAGGGUGAAGUAAGUCGCGGGACAGCAGCACUACGUGGUGAACGUGAUUUGGAUGCACUCUUUCAAGAACUGGAAUCUCUGUCUUGCUGCGAGGGUGACGAUUCUGGCCCCGACAUGGACAGCUUGUCAAUCGGUUCGACACCGAAACCUUCGCUGCGUCCAUUCUUUACAAAUUCGAGAAUAAUGUUGCACGAUAAUGGUGCUGUUGGUGGCAACUUUGAACGCAGACCAUCGGAUAAAAGCGACCAAUUGACCAAUUCGUCAUUCAAUUAUGAUAAUACUAGACAAAAAUGCAUUCAUUUAACAAACAAUAACAAUAAUUCGGCAACAACACCAGGUCUGUGUAAUUCCUCUACCAAAAAACCAAACUCAAACAAAAAAAAAAAGCAAAAAUCUAUGCAUUAAUCACGCAACAACAUUACACUAAACUUUAUUAAUAGCUGUGUUUCUUUACAAUUUUUUGUACGUAAUUUCAAUUGCCUUCAAUCAAUAAUAAUAACACUGGUCAACAGUGGUGUUGGUGCCAAGGAGGUAUAAUUAUUUUUUAACUUAGUACCUGACUAUAAAAAUAGAAUUUUUUUGGCUUGGACUAUGUAAAAAGAAACUCUUGUUCGCGAUUUUCCUGAAUGAGUUGUAUUGCAGCAAUCACGUUGCAUCCCACAUGACGAUCCGUUCAUAUGACUUUGGUACCUAUGUAUCUUCCCUAGUUUAUAGGGGGAGUUGGUCAAGAUGAGUGGCGAGGUAGUACUCUUCUAUGGGCGUAAAUAUUACAUCCUAAGGUUUUAAACGUAUCGUUUAGGAUUUCGGAGUAGUUACUCGAUUUACAAUUUCCCAGAUCAAUUUUGGUGACUUCAAUAAACGAAGGCCAAUCAACACAUUCUAAAUCGUUCAUUGAACUUAAG